GAACGGAGGCUGGACCCCCUGGUCCUCCUGGGGUCAGUGCAGCACCAGCUGUGGCAUCGGGUACGAGGUGCGCCAGCGCUCCUGCAACAACCCCUCACCCCGGCAUGGGGGCCGUGUCUGUGUGGGACAAGGCCGAGACGAGAGGCUGUGCAAUGAGAAGAGCCCAUGUCCCCUGCCUGUGUUCUGGUCGUCUUGGGGCUCCUGGUCUCAGUGCAGUGCAGAGUGUGGAGGAGGGGUCCACUCCCGGGUCAGGAGCUGUGAGAAGGGGAACACCUGCCCAGGAUGUGCUCUGGAGUACAAAACCUGUAACCUGGAGGCGUGUCCGGAGGUCCGUCGCAACACCCCCUGGACCCCCUGGAUGCCGGUGAAUGUGACCCAGGACGGGGCCCGCCAGGAGCAGAGGACCCGCUACACCUGCAGGGCCCUCCUUCCAGACCCUCAUCAGCUGCAGCUGGGCAAGAAGAAGGUGGAGACCCGCGUCUGCCCCAACGACGGCACCGCCACCUGUGAGACUGAAGCUCUGGUUGAAGACUUGGUCAGGACCAGUGGAGGAGGCAGUAGUGGUCGACCUUUGCUCCGACAACCAGGUGGCACCAGGUGGUCGCCUUGGGAGACAUGGUCGACCUGCUCCCAGGAGUGUGCCAAAGGCUUCCGCACGCGCAAACGCACCUGUGCCUCAGCCGAGGGCAAGAGCAGCCCCAGUGGCUGUAGUGGGUCCCCAGUGGAGUACCAGGACUGCAACUCCCAGCCCUGCCCAGUGAAAGGAACCUGGUCGUGCUGGGCGUCAUGGUCUCACUGCUCUGCCACCUGUGGAGGUGGGCACUACCAGCGUACCCGUACCUGUAGCAACCCUGCCCCCGCCAACGGAGGAGACAUCUGCAUCGGCCUGCACACUGAAGAGGCCCUGUGCAACACACACACCUGUGAAGGUGGCUGGCUGGUGUGGUCAGAGUGGGGGGAGUGUGACGAGGAGGGGCUGCAGCAUCGCAGCAGGGAGUGUGGGGAACGGGACGCAGACCCCAGCCUGUGUCAGGGCAAUGCCACCGCGAGCAGGCCCUGCCAGCCCCCCGAGGUGCCAGUCGUUCUGCCUGGACAGGAUAACGAUCAGCGCUGUGGGGCCUUCUCUCUGUUCCACCUGAUGGCCACGGGAGCGUUAUGUUUCUUUGCGGCGGUGGGGCUGUCGGUCCUGGUCUACGCCUACUGCCAACGACUCCACAAGCCCUCCCAGGAGUCAGCCGUCAUCCACCCCACCACGCCCAACCACCUCAGCUAUAAGGGCAACACGACGCCAAAGAACGAGAAGUACACCCCCAUGGAGUUCAAGACGCUGAACAAGAACAACCUUCUCCCAGACGAGAGCUGCAACUUCUUCCCCUCGUCCCUCUCGCCCCUCCCCUCCCUCCCCCAGAAUAACGUUUACACCACCACCUACUACCCUGCACCCCUGGGCAAAUACGACCACCCCUUCCACCCCGACUCACCUUGCAGGAACUAUAUGCACCACAGUUGAGACAGGACCCCCCCCCCCUCCAACUCUCUUCUCUAUGGGAAGUUGGAAACACUCCUGCACCCCAGACCCUUCCCCAUUUCCUCUCCUCUCCUCAGUUGAGUGUGUACUCUGCUACAGUGAGGGGGAGCUGUGUUAACGACCGGGCAGACCCUUGAACUGGGUGUGUCCUCUCAAGGUCUGAACCAUGCACGUUCUUCUCAAUCAGCAGUGCGGACGGAGGUUGAACUGUCCCUGUCAACCAACAGGACAACACUUUCGUAUCAUUGUGACUGUUCAGUUGAUAUGACUGUUUUAUGACGUUGUUUUUCUACUCUACUGUGCAGUACAGCAACUCAUCUCAAGACGGGGAAGUAGACUGGACCAUGUGGAAUGCUGGGAGUUGGAGUCUUAUGAGGGAGCUGGGCUGUAGCAGCCUUAUGGUUCAGUAUGGAGAUUCACUACUUGUGGAAUCUGUUCUAAAACAACACUGUUAAAAGUCUCCUGUAAAACCCUACGGUAUCAGAUCAUGUAUAUCACAAAAACCCACAGACUUCACAUUUGAUCUGAGGAGAAUAUAAGACAUUGUGGCUGGUUUGUAUUCGAUAUAGACAGCAAAGUCAACCGUUCCCAAAGGAUACCGUACCGGAAUAUGCUGACCAUACACCUUCCAGCUCUAAAAACCUACUUUAUGAUGGUGAAAAUGCAGAGCUCAAUGACACUGACAGUAUGGGAACGUUUGUCAUCUCCUGCUCACCAACCUGUCUGUUUGGACACACUGCAUCAGAAUAGCCUCAUGGUCAGGUGCUCCCGCAGUGUGGACUAACAGAGAGGGAAAGAGAGUGAGGGGCUGGUACUGCUUUCAUCUGAUCAGCCCAAGGACUCCUGGGUACGUCCCAAAUGGCACCAUAUUCCCUAUAUAGUGCACUACUUUUGACUAGAGCCCAAUGGGCCCUGGUUGAAAGGAGUGCACUAUUUAGGGAAUAGGGAGCCAAAUGGGACGUGGCAAUGGCCUCUGAAGGGGUUUAUAAUCCUGUAACUACCUGCACCGACACCCAAAAAUGACAAUGGCGGCGAUUCAGAGUCGACGUAAAAAGGAGCCAUUUUGAGAAAAACCAUGUAUUUUGAACAACCCAGAUACUCAGCUAAGACUCAGCAAUACUGUCUCACCACCCUCAUCCCUUCAAAUGGAUAGCUGUCUCACCACCCUCAUCCCUUCAAAUGGAUAGCUGUCUCACCACCCUCAUCCCUUCAAAUGGAUAGCUGUCUCACCACCCUCACCCCUUCAAAUGGAUAGCUGUCUCACCACCCUCAUCCCUUCAAAUGGAUAGCUGUCUCACCACCCUCAUCCCUUCAAAUGGAUAGCUGUCUCACCACCCUCACCCCUUCAAAUGGAUAGCUGUCUCACCACCCUCAUCCCUUCAAAUGGAUAGCUGUCUCACCACCCUCAUCCCUUCAAAUGGAUAGCUGUCUCACCACCCUCAUCCCUUCAAAUGGAUAGCUGUCUCACCACCCUCAUCCCUUCAAAUGGAUAGCUGUCUCACCACCCUCAUCCCUUCAAAUGGAUAGCUGUCUCACCACCCUCAUCCCUUCAAAUGGAUAGCUGUCUCACCACCCUCAUCCCUUCAAAUGGAUAGCUGUCUCACCAACCUCACCCCUUCAAAUGGAUAGCUGUCUCACCACCCUCAUCCCUUCAAAUGGAUAGCUGUCUCACCACCCUCAUCCCUUCAAAUGGAUAGCUGUCUCACCAACCUCACCCCUUCAAAUGGAUAGCUGUCUCACCACCCUCAUCCCUUCAAAUGGAUAGCUGUCUCACCACCCUCAUCCCUUCAAAUGGAUAGCUGUC